AUGUCUAUGCAUUCAGCAGAAUCGUUUGACCCAGAUAAUUAUAAGAGACAGAACCCAGGACCUAGUCAAUUGAGACAGGAUACAUACGAGGGUGAACCUGAAUUUCAAAAGCCAGCUCCAGUAGUCAAUCAUGAACCGGGUGUAAAGCCAGAAAUGGUUAUGAAAAACUUUGCUAGAAAUUAUGAAACUCCAAAGGCCAGCGGAUACCAAUCGUUUAUUAGUAGGCUUGGAUCAAUGUUUGGUGCAUGUGGGGCGUACUGUUGUCUUUGUUCCAAUCCAUAUAAGGAAGUUCAACAAGGUGAAGUUGGUUUAGUCCAAACAUUCGGUGCUUUGUCGAGAACUGUCGAGCCAGGUCUUACCUACGUUAAUACUUGGUCAGAGAAGUUGACGAGAGUGAAUAUCAAGGUGAUUAUUCGUGAGAUUCCAGCACAACGUUGUUUCACCAAGGAUAAUGUGAGUGUGGUUAUCACGUCCGUGGUAUACUAUAACAUCAUUGACCCACAGAAAGCUAUUUACUCUAUUUCGGAUAUACACAAUGCUAUCGUGGAAAGAACCCAGACCACUUUGAGAGACGUGAUUGGAUGCAGAGCAUUGCAAGAUGUUGUUGAAAAGAGAGAAGAAAUUGCCGAAUCGAUCGAGGGUGUCAUUGCCAAGACUGCAUUCGACUGGGGUGUCAACAUUGAAUCUAUUUUGAUCAAGGACUUACAAUUACAAGAGAAGGUCCAGGCUUCGUUAUCUAUGGCUGCUGAAGCCAAGAGAAUUGGUGAAGGUAAGAUCAUCAAUGCUAAGGCUGAAGUUGAAAGUGCCAAGUUAAUGAGAAAAGCUGCUGACAUCUUGGCUUCCAAACCAGCUAUGCAAAUCAGAUACUUGGAUGCUAUGCAAAACAUGGCUAAAUCUCCAGGCUCAAGAGUUAUUUUCAUGCCUUCUGCUCAAGAAAUUGAGAGAAUGGCGGGUUCCAAUGUAUCCAAUGGAGCUGGUGAACUUCCAAGUAACAGGAACUUAGAAGAAGACACCAAUUGGACAUCGAAUAACCCAACUGGUUCAUUUGCUGCUCCUCGUACUCAAAGACAACAGCAUGUUGACACUUUAGCGUUGCAAGAAGCAAUGAGAGAAGAUUAG